CCGGCGAUCGGUUUCAGAGUGAACCUCAGGCGACUUGGUGUAGCAUCAACGGAUUGAUUGGGAAUCGUGUUGGGUAAACAAAUUGAAAACGGAAAAAUAAAACCAAAACAAACAGAACGUGAAAAGUGCAAAUAGAAAACGAUAUCGAAACAUUGUCAGUGAAAUGGAUGCCAAGGAGUUUCGGGAAUUUGGCAAGGCGGCAGUUGACUUCAUAGCCGACUAUCUGGAGAACAUACGGGACGAUGAGGUGCUGCCCAAUGUGGAGCCCGGCUAUCUGCUGGACCUGCUGCCCACGGAGAUGCCGGAAGAACCCGAAUCGUGGAGAGAAGUCCUCGGUGACAUCAAUCGCGUGAUCAAGCCGGGGAUCACCCACUGGCAGUCGCCCAAUAUGCACGCCUACUACCCCACCAGCACCUCAUAUCCCUCCAUUGUGGGUGAGAUGCUGGCCAGCGGAUUCGGCAUCAUCGGUUUCAGCUGGAUCUGCAGUCCGGCGUGCACAGAACUGGAAGUGGUGGUCAUGGACUGGCUGGCCAAGUUCCUGAAGCUGCCCCAACACUUCCAGCACGCCAGCGAUGGGCCCGGUGGCGGAGUGAUCCAGGGAUCGGCCAGUGAGGCGGUCCUGGUGGCUGUCCUGGCGGCCAGGGAACAGGCGGUGGUCAGCUACAGGGAAUCGCAUCCGGAGGUCAGCGAAAGCGAGGUGCGGGGUCGCCUGGUGGCUUACUCCUCGGAUCAGAGUAAUAGUUGCAUUGAGAAGGCUGGCGUCCUGGCGGCCAUGCCCAUUAGAUUGCUGCCGGCUGGAGAGGAUUUCGUGCUGCGUGGGGAAACUUUGAGGCAAGCCAUCCAGGAGGAUGUGACGGCGGGCAGGAUUCCGGUCAUUUGCAUCGCCACUCUGGGCACCACUGGCACUUGUGCCUACGACGACAUUGAAACCUUGUCCGCCGUCUGCGAGGAGUUCAAGGUGUGGCUCCAUGUGGACGCCGCCUAUGCAGGUGGUGCCUUCGCCCUGGACGAAUGCUCGGAUCUGCGCAAGGGAUUGGAUCGCGUGGAUUCGCUGAACUUCAACCUGCACAAGUUCAUGCUGGUCAACUUCGAUUGCUCGGCCAUGUGGCUGCGGGAUGCCAACAAAGUGGUCGACAGCUUCAAUGUGGAUCGCAUUUAUCUGAAGCACAAGCACGAGGGCCAGUCGCAAAUCCCCGAUUUCCGGCACUGGCAAAUCCCUCUGGGUCGUCGCUUCCGGGCCCUUAAAGUUUGGAUCACGUUCCGGACUCUGGGAGCCGAGGGGUUGAGGAAUCAUGUGCGCCAACACAUCGAGUUGGCCAAACAGUUCGAGCAACUGGUGGUCAAGGAUUCCCGCUUUGAAAUGGUGGCUCCUCGGGCUCUCGGUUUGGUUUGCUUCCGGCCAAAAGGUGGGAAUGAGAUUACGACCCAACUCCUGCAGCGUCUCAUGGAUCGCAAGAAAAUCUAUAUGGUGAAGGCCGAGCAUGCGGGACGUCAGUUUCUCAGAUUCGUUGUUUGCGGAAUGGGUACCAAAGAGUCCGAUAUCGAAUUCGCCUGGACGGAGAUCGAAUCGCAGCUAACGGGUCUGCAGGAGGAGCAAUCUCUGCUGGCACGGAAGUCGGGCAACAUGGCCGAUCUUACGCAACACUUCCAGAUCCAUCUGACCACCGAAAAUGCAACGCACGAGAAGUCUCAGUGAGCAGAACGCAACAGACCCAUUCGUUUGCAGUUUAACUAUUUAUGUUUAGGUUGUCCUUAGUUCGAAUUGUUUUACUUAGCUUUGUUUACAACUACAUGUUAAAAA